AUGUCACUUAAAAGAAUAAAGAAAGAAUGGGAUGAUCUUUCAAAAGACUUACCACCUAAUUGUUCUGUUUGUCUUUUUGAUAAAUAAGAUUAUUUUAAAUGGAUAGCAACUAUUACAGGAGCUGAAGGAUCUUUAUAUUGUGGAGGCCGUUUUGAACUCCAAAUUGAAAUUCCUCAAGACUACCCUUUCAGACCUCCUAAGAUUCGAUUUUUAACUCCAAUAUACCAUCCAAAUAUUAAUUCUUAGGGGCAAUUAAGCUUAGAUGUAUUAAAAGAUUAAUGGUCUCCAGCUUUGAAAAUAAGUAAACGUAAUGAAGUAUUUAUUAAAAUUAUAGUCCUAUUGAUUAUUUGUGAAGUUUUGGAAGAUCCUAACCCAGAUGAUCCAUUAGAUCCAGAUAUUGCAAAAAUUUAUAAAUCCAACAAAUAACAAUUUGUAAUUACAGUAUAAGAAUGGAUACAAAAAUAUGCAUUAUGA